GCCCGGUCCCGUGUCCCGCUCCGGGACGUGCUAGUGAUGUGCUGUGUACGAAAAUAAAAAAGUAAAAAAAAAAUAAAGUGAUGUGUUUGUGAUUGUUCAGGAAUCGCUGGUUCCUUACAUGGCAUACCGCCGAUGUAAACACAAAGCCGAAAUGAGAUGAGUAUGCGCGUGUCGUGGGCCAGGUGGUAUUGGAUAGUUAUCUUCACGACGUGCACUGCGAGGACGGCCAGCGAUUGGCUCGACUGCGCCCACAUCUCGACCUGUCGCUGCAAGUGGUCCUCCGGAAAGAAGACCGCCACGUGCGCCUCCAGUGACCUUCGCCGCCCACCAGCUCUCUCACCAGACAUACAAGUCCUAGACCUCCACGAUAAUCCCUUAAGAAACCUCCCGCAAGAAGUCUUCUCGAACAUCGGCCUACUAAAUUUACAACGGCUCAAUUUACGUGCCACCAAACUUAGAUCAAUUCACGCAGACGCUUUUCUAGAAUUAAGAAUUUUAAUUGAAGUUGAUUUAGCUGAUAACGAUCUGGCUCUACUUCCGAGGGACAUAUUCCGGGGCAACGAGAGGUUAAGACUCGUUAUGUUAAGUAACAACCCCUUGACGACGUUGAUAGCAGACCAAUUUCCAACGCUUCCUCAUCUAAGGAUACUACUACUAGACGGCUGCAGGUUAAGGACAAUACAUACGAACGCCCUGCGAAAUUUAAAAUCUCUAGAGACUAUAGACUUACGAAGAAAUCAACUUACAUUCCUACGGUUGGUUACAUUUUCUUUGCCUGCUUUGAAAACGUUAUCGUUGUCUGGUAAUCCAUGGAGAUGCGAUUGUCGUUUGCGUGAGUUUAAAGAUUGGUUUUUAGAAAGUAAAUUGGGAACUGAAGAAUUAAACUGUGCAGAACCUUCUUCUCUAUCAGGAAACAUAUGGCGUAGUGUACCCAGUGAGACUAUGGCAUGCCCACCUGAAGUAAAAUCAAGUACAUUGGUGGUAAGAGCAGAAGUUGGUUUGGCUGCCUCGUUUGGUUGCUGGGUUCAUGGAGUACCAAAACCUACUGUAAAAUGGUUACUAGAUGGAGUUGAAAUGCGAAACAGUACUAUCGAUUGUGAUAUGGAAGAAACGGAUACUACCGUCGAAGAAGAUAAUUCAGAUGACAGAGUACCUGGCAGUGUUAGAUGGGUGAAUAUUACCCUAUUAAAUGUAACUUCAAGUGCUGCUGGUGAAUGGACUUGUGUAGCUAGAAGUCUGGCAGGGGAAGCGAGAGCUGUCAUCAGUCUGGUUUUACCAAGAUCUCAGACAGCUACUGCACGUACCGCCCCAGGAAUACCACAGUUGUUAGGAGUUGUGUUUGGAGCUUUAGGAGCAUUAGCAACUCUUGGCUUUUUAGCUGCCGUAGCUUGUUGGAAUUUAAGAAGACGAACCGUACCUCCCAGUAGAAGUUUUACUGACCAAGAAAAACGUUUGAUAGAUGCUUCUGUAGUUGUAAGUUGCGAUCGUUCCAUAGCGGACAUGGCAUCGCCAUGUAACUUUGAGUUGACCGAACGAUCUAUAUCAGUAGAUGAUCAGCCAAGAGGAUGCGGUUUUGAACCUGUUCACAUAACGAUAGAAGGCACUCCUGGAGCGUUUCCACCGCCACCGGCAGAAUUCGCUGUACCAGUUCCUUAUGGUAAUAUUUUUAUAUCUGUACAAGUAGCUGGGAGAGUUGAACCUGGGAAGUACCCUGAUCUGCUAAGCGGAGGUGCAACUUUGCCUCGCCGGAGCAGAACCUGCUGUAAUGCUCCUGCAUAUGACAAUAUGGGUCCUAGAGUUACAGCAACAGGAAGCUCCACGUGGUCAUUGCCAGGAGCGAGUACGGAAAACGUAGAAGCUUCAGAGACUCCAGUUUUAUCGUUACCACCGCCUCCACCAGAAUUCGUAUCACUUUAGCCGAGGCCCUUGGUACUAGAUGCCUCUAAUUUAAGGUGACCUGGUACCCAAAACUUUUAAAGUCAAUUAGACUAUUUCCCAAUUUUUAUUGUAUUUAUAAUACGAUAAUUUUAAAGUGAUUGAUUUAAUUGAGAAUUUUGUAAAUAGUGUGUGCGAAUGGUGUGAGACAUCCUGUGAGAUUUAAAUACGUAAGAUUGUUAUCAAUAUUGAAGAAUAAUUGUAUGAUAAAAACAUUUUAUGUGCAUUGUUUAUUCGUAUGGAAUGUUUAAUACUUGUGAAAGCAUCUAGUGUCUACCUAUUUGUUUACUAGACGUUCCUUUUAUGACUUCGCGUUUGUGUCUUCCCAACUUUUGUAAAUAUUGUUUAGUCGUGUUUACAAACUUCCCAAAUAUAAGACUGACCUCUUUGUCUUAUUUUCGCCCCUCUUUACGACUCGUGAGUACGAAUGUAUAAAGCUAUAUACCUAACUACUUCACAUAGGCAAAACUAUGGCUUCUAAAAGUUUCAUUUGAAAGCAGAAUAAUGUAAAAAUAAACCGAU